AUGUGCGAAGUGUUUGCUUUUGAUGAGUAUGGGGGUGGCAUGAUUGCAAUUUGGGACCCUAGUAUUUUCAGCAUAACCAACAAACAAUAUAGGGAUAGAUGGAUAUUAUUGGAAGGGUGUAUCACAAAUGCAAACUUUGAAUGCUGUAUUGGUGUUGUAUAUGGACCAAAUAAUCGUAUUGAUAGAAAAUCUGUUUUUGAUGAACUAAAAACUGCCGUAUUGGGAAUCAAUAAACCCACUCUGCUUUUGGGGGAUUUCAAUGUGAUUUUACAUUCUUGGGAAAGAAGGGGAACUUUCAGGUGUGACUUGAGCUCAACAGAAUUCUCCGAAUGGAUCCGUGAACUGGGCCUUAUUGAUAUACCGCUACAGGGGUUGAAGUUUACUUGGAGGCGAAAUGAUUCUAGAAGUAAACUAGACAGAGGUCUAUGCUGCAAUAAUUGGUUGAUCAAAUUCCCGAAGCUUACCAUGUUGGGCCUUAACAAAAGCUGUUCGGACCACAAUCCUCUUCUCCUGAAACUAGAGGAUAGUUCCAACUGGGGACCGAAACCUUUUAGAUCGUUCGAUGCUUGGUUCUUGAACCCAAACUUCAAGCCGUACAUCUGUAAUGAAUGGCAAAAGCUCCCACGAGUUCCUCUGAAUGAAAAACUGAAGAUUCUUAAGGGCCCUCUGAAAGCAUGGAGUAAAGAACAUUUUGACAAGUUGGACUUUAAAAUCAGAGACUUGGAAUCGGCUAUUCAUGACCUUGAACUGGUGAGUGAUCAGCGAACACUGAGUGAUGUUGAAAUAGCCAGGUUAUCUGCAGCCCAGUCCAUGCUCCAAUCCAGCUUAAUUCGAAGGGAAAGAAUUUGGAGACAAAAAGCUAGAACAUAUGGCUUUAAGAUGAAAGAUCAAAAUUCCAAGUUCUUCCAUGCCUCAACGUUAUUCAGAAGGAAGAAAAACGAGAUCCUAAAGAUCAACAUCAACGGGAGAUGCAUUCAGGAACAACAAUCAAUCGCACUUGAAACUCUUCCAUCUCGAGCAGAAGUCAAGAAUGCUGUAUGGGCGUGUGGGGUCGAUAAAGCACCAGGCUAUGACGGAUAA